UUUACAAAUGCGAUAAACCCUUUAUCUUGACUGAGUGGAUUCAUGCAAUAUACUUGUGAGGAUUGGAUAAAUUUACUGAUAUAUUGAUAAUACCCAUUUUGCUUUGAUUAUACACUUACAAUAACUGACAGGAAACAGUCACAAUACGAGAUUAACAAAGCCAAUUCACCUGAGAAACUUAAGCUCAUUCAGUUAUGGGUUGUGGGAAAUCAACAGCCGCGAGAUCGGACACAAACAACAAUAAAAGCAACUCCAAGCAGGUCAACUCAGAAAAAGCUGCCGGAAACAAGCAAUCACUUGUUGUGGUUGCUAAUGGAACCAUUUAUACACGGACAGAGAAAGAUGACUGGAAUUCAAAUUUAAAGCAAGAACCAGAAAUAGAAGAGAUUGAUGUUCCAAACCUUCUUUCUGGAUAUCAUGAACCGAAAGAACCUGAAAACCGUAAAGCCGAUAUUUUUAACAAAGACAAGAUGUACGCAGUGGACGCUUUAGCCAGACAGACACCGGAUGAUCUUGCCGACAGUUAUGAAAGGCUAAUCAGCCAUCUAACCAGCAACUGUAAAACAGACGUUGAGAAAGUGCGAGCAAUAUUCAUAUGGAUGGCCUACCAAGAUAUUGACGGGGCAGACUACAGCGAGGUUACCGGAAAUGAUACACCUCGAGGAAUCAUGAAGCUUAUGAAAGAUCGGAAAGCGAGUUAUUCUUCAUUCUUUGCUCUUCUCUGUCGCCAAGCUGAAAUCGAAUGUGUGGUAAUAGACGGUUGGGCUAAGGCUGCAGGAUACAAAGUCGGUGAUACUGACACGGACUUGAAGAACCUACAGAACUCCUGGAAUGCCGUGUAUGUGGCCGGUGGCUGGCGACUGGUGUUCCCUUUAUGGGCAUGUGUCGCGGUCGAAGGUCAUUCUACAGGUGCUUACACCAAAGUGGAGUCUAAAGGGCAAGCGGUCAGAGAAAAAGAGGUGAAGUCAUCAGGGGUUACCAUCAGGCAAUUCAACGAGUACUUCUUUCUAACAGAUCCAGACGAAUUUAUUUAUAUAGCGUUUCCGGAGCAAGCAAGAUGGCAGCUUCUGUGUCGCCAAUGGGACUUUGCAAAAUUCGCAGAUGUUCCAUUUAUUCGACCAGACUACUUUAAAUUUAAAGUUGAUAUCCGAAGCAAAUUUAGCGGCCGUUUGAAGUCAAAAGCUGGCGAGUGCCACAUUGAGCUUGCGUGCGGAGAUCCUUCCAACAUGAGCAUGACCUAUGAACUUUACUACAACCACCUCGAAUCAGGACAUGAAAUCGACGCCAACUUACAACUUAACAACUAUGUCUUGCUUAACCGAGCAGGUAACCGCUGGGACUUCGGAAUCAGGUUUCCCGAAGCCGGUGUGUAUAAGUGUCAAAUUGUCGGCGGGAAAGAAUAUGAAACUUGGUUGUGUGCGUUCAAAAUAACUGUUGAUGAGGCUAUGGAAGACUGCAAACCUUUGCCGUUUAAUCCGGGCAAAGUUGGAUACGGGCCUACCAUGGAUACCGAAAUGGCUGGACUUAAAGCAGUAUCGCACAAAACUGGAAUUGUUAAGAUGUUUGCCAAUAAGCCAGUGGAGUUUAAUUUCACGUUAACGCGUGACAUUGUUGUACGGACAGAACUUUUGCACGCUACCAUAGCAAAGGAAGAUCUGCAGAAGUAUUGUAAAAUGACGCAGAAAUACAGCAACUUUAGUGUUCAGGUUUCUGUACCAGAGGAUGGGGAGUAUGCUUUGGCUUUUCACGCUCAGCAGAAGAACAGGUGUGAUUACGAAAACGUCUGUAAUUAUCUUCUGACCUCGGAGAAAAAGAAGAAGAAACGAGAAUGGGAUGAUCCCAUAGAGAAACAGACCGGAACCAACGUGGCAGUUUUAGCAAAGGCAAAAGGUACAAAACACGUGGGUGAGCUAGAAGGAGAGAUAGAAAAAUUCCAAAAGUUGGUAAUGGAAGACAACGUCAAGGGAGAACUACAAGCCGCUCAGGACGCACUGGAGUAUAAAAAGGACCAACAAUGUCUCACGUACGCAAUAAAUCGGCGCAACCUACAAGCACUUGAAAUCGCCAUUAAGCAAGGUCACAAAUCGCGGUUCAAUGAUAAACUGUCCCGCUUGAUAGAGGACGCGGAAGAGUUGAGGAACCAUAUCAUGCAUUUGAUUAAGGUUGCGCACGAUAUUCUUGAGAUGAAGCAGUCAACCAUAUCCGAGCUCCGCAGCUACAAAUCCCCUCCGAACAUCAUCUUUGACAUCAUGCGGUCCACGUUCCUGAUGUUGGGUGAAACUAGUGAACAACUAGAGAAUUGGGAAACCCUUCGAGUAUUAAUGGGGAAAAGGAGAAAAGAAGGAAUGCUCCGACGCGUCAAGACGUUCGAUACGAUUAACGUAAAGCCUGGAGUGCAACAAAAGGUUGAUGAGAUGCUCAAUAAAUACAGCGAGUUUGAGGCGCGUGUAGCCAGCGCGGGUGCAGGGACGUUUUAUUGUUGGCUGCGGGAUGUAUGUAUAGCCAUUAACCAGACUCAGCCACCUACAGGGAAUGACUCAUAACGCAUCCGGACUUACAUCGGCUUUAACUAAGAAUCGGCCUGAGCAAUAUUCACAUUCAAAUCUGCAUGACAAAGGUCCUUUGUUAAAAACUAUUCGAAUUUCAAUUGUGCGAUACGCGAAUUACUGUUUGCAAUAUUGACCAAUAACGAUUCAUAGAAUGCAGAGCUUUUAAAUAUUUGUUAAGCGGAUAGACAAAACAAUACUGACUCUGAUUAAUAUACCAGGGCCUUAUUUAUAAAAAACGGCUGAUACAUAGUCUUAUAAUAAGUCAGGCUUAAAUUAUCAUCUAUGGGCAUGUAUGUUUUAUAUACAAAGUUGAUGUGACGGAAAUAUUGCCCAACACAACAUAAAUACGACAUCUAUAUUGUAUUAGAAUACUAUCAAAAUUCAACUUAAGAAGAAUGUAUUCCUCAUAACACACUGUAAACAUAUAAACACAUUUUAAACAAAAAAACUGUGUGAAGGUAUGACCUAACGUAAAAUAUUCCACAUGUGCACUUACGACGAUCGCCUGAACACUACACGAACGGACAUUCUCAUGCAUUUGAAACAUCCUCUUUGACGACAGUAACAAGUGUUUCACAUAAAAAUUUAGUUUGCUUUACACUGUGAUACUACUUGUGAUAAUAACGUUAAUGACCUUACAUGUAUCUACGUGUAUUUGUGGUCCUAGUCCACAUGACAUAACCAAUCUGUUUUAAUUGGAAAUUCGUUCAUCUUGACUAAAAUAGAGAUAGGAUAUUUAAAUAAGCGAACAUAUUCGUGGGUUGAAUUGAUGUCAUAAUGUUGUAAUUAAUUAUGUUUAUUAUCGAUGCAACGUGCAAAACAAAUCGGACUACCUACUGUUGGAACGAUUGGAUUGUAGGAAGCUUGAGCUUUGAAAUGCGUCAAAAUAUUUCAUAGGCCACUCACGUUUUCAUAUGUACAUAAACUUCACCGUGAAGCUUAAAAUAAUGGUGUUUUUCUAUUUACGAAAUCCAAUGAGUGUUAUUAUAUUUAUUAUAUAUAUUAGAAAAAAGUUUAAUUAAAAACAAAUAGUUGUUGAAUGGGGUUAUCAAUCCUUUGGCAGUUGUGUUCAUUCAAUGAUAAUAUUUGUAUUUUUCUUUAUAUUGUAUUUAAGGGAUAGCACCAUAUUGUCAGUAUCUUAUAUUUUCAUAGCUAUGCACAUGCUUGUAUAUAUUUGGUUUGUCUUUUAAUAUAUUACGAUAAGCAUAUAAUUAUAUAGCUUAUUUAAUUUACAUCUCGAAAUAGCAUUUACAAUAUAACGUGUUUUAUUCAACCACAGUGGCAAGGUCUUAUGAUAUAAAUCGUGUGUAUAAUGUUUUGGUCGGCAGACUCAGAUGACCCAUGCUUUCGAAAUAGUGCGUAAGCAUAGCCUGUGCUAUGGCUGUCACAUGUAACAUUUUCAAAAGAAAAGAAACACUUUUCAAUAUAUUGUUAUUAUCGGAAACAUAGCAACACAAUGAUUGUUAACAUAGCAGCAAUCCCGUGUCAUUCUCUGUCAUAAAUCAUUGAAUACAAACGGUCAAAAGUAAACAUGUUUCACCCUCGUGUAAAAUAGUGUUUAAUAAAAUAUUGAUUUGUAGUGGUGAGGUCUAAUGAUAUACAUCAUCUGUAUUGUUUUUCCAUCGGCAUAAUCAGAAGACCGCUGCGUAGAACAUAGUACGAGUAUGUAUUAUGGCUAUCUGAGUUUAUCUUUCCAAAUGAAAAUAAUAAUAUUUAUGUAUUAUUGGCAAAAUAGUAGCACAUUAAUUGCUGAUAUUAACAACAGCAAUCACGUUUUUUUCUCGGUCAAGAAUCAUUUAAUGUAAAAGGUCCAAGGUGAAAAUCUGGUGUUUCGUGUAAAAGAGUGUUUAAUAACAUAUUAGAUCGCAAAUUCCUUAUAAUCAAGAUCCGUUCGUUUCCCAAGCAACUGCAUAAGCUAUGCAUUUUGGCUUUUUUUUGUGUGAAUUUAUAUCAAAGUUGUUAAUCUGUCAUCGUAUGAGUCAAUUUAGUUUUCCAUUCUUUAGGGUAAUAAAACAUCUAAAAAUUCGACCCCGAAGCCUUUCGUCACAGCACAAACAUUGUACAUAAAAUAAAAGAACAUGUGUAGCGAAUUGUUAUGCUGAGUAAAAAUUGAAACGUAAUGGCAAAACACAUUUUUAUGAAAAAUCAAAAAUAUAUUAACAUAAUGCACUGUAUAUAAGAAUAUGACAAUACAUCAUAAUUACGUAAUGGUCUAUAUACAUCCUGCUUUACGGUUUCUUCUUGAGUUGAAUUACGAAGGUCUGGGGUUAGUAAUGUAUAAUGCUACUUUCUCAAAUCGUGUUUUUAUGUUGCCUGUAUGCAUAUUUUACAAUUAAGUAAUUAAAUUUCAAUUAAAUCGACUUCAAUGUC